AAGGAGACUCCAUACGAAUGUGAACAGUGUGGAAAGAAGUUUAGACAAAAGAUGAAUUUGAAAUGCCACAUGAGGAUACAUACUGGAGAAAAACCUUACCUAUGUGAACAUUGUGGAAAGAGUUUUCAUCAAAGUUGUAAUUUAAAAAGUCAUUUAAGGAUGCAUAGAAGAGAGACACCUUAUGAUUGUGAAUAUUGUGGAAAGAAAUUUAUUCGAAGUGGUACUUUUAAAACACAUGUAUUAAGGGCACACACUGAAGAGAUACAUUAUGAAUGUAAACAUUGUAGAGAGAAGUUUAACUGCAAAGAACAUUUGGAAAAUCAUAUGGUGGUACAUACAGGAGAGACACCUUAUUUAUGUAAACACUGUGGAAAAAUAUUCAGUGAAAGGGAUAGUUUAGAAACACAUAUGAGGAAACACACAGGUGAAACACCUCAUGAAUGUAAACAGUGUGGGUUGAAGUUUAGGACAAGUCGUACUUUGAAGCAUCAUAUGAUGGUACACACAGAAAAGACACCUUAUAAAUGUGAACUGUGCGGAAGUAAGUUUAAGAUACAUACAAGGAAGACAUGCUAUAUAUGUGAUUACUGUGGAAAAAUGUUUAAGCAUGAAACAAAUUUGAAAUAUCAUACAAAAAUACACAGAGGACAGGCAUCUUAUGAAUGUGAACAUUGUGGAAAAAAUUUUGUUCACCGUAAUAAUUUCAUAAUGCAUUUAAGAACACACACGGGAGAGAAACCUUUUGAAUGUGAGCAGUGUGGAAAAAAGUUUAGUCAAAAUAGUAAUUUGAAAGCACAUCUAAAUAUACAUACAAGGGAGAAGCCUUAUGUAUGUAAACUUUGUGGAAGGAAGUUCAGGUUAAAUGGAAAUUUAAAAAAGCAUUUGAGGGUUCACACCAAGCAGACACCUUAUGAUUGUGAACAGUGUGGAAAGCAAUUUAGGCAAAGUU